GAUGGAUCAAAUAUCAAUGUUCACUACCAACAUCAUUUAACAAUAACAACUCCUCCUUUCACAAAUGAUCAUAUACAACUAAUUGCUCUAUAAAAGGUAAUCAUAUUUUCUUAUUUAUUCAACUUUAGAACCUAAUCGUUACCCAAACUCAAUCAUUAACCAAUAAAAUAAACAAAUUUAGACAAUAGUGUCUACUUAUCUCAAUUAAUCUAAAAAUAAGUUGAGACAACUUUUGUUAAACCAAUAUAAUCUAAAUUAACUAAAAAACAAUCAAAUACUUUAAAAACUAAAGAGGUUUGUAGUAUUGAAAAUGUUAAGAAUCAAAAAAAGGAAACUCUUUAAAAGAAAAAAAUAUUUUUGUCAAUGUUAGAUAUCAAGAAGGCUUAAUAUAGAAAGUAAUUUAAUUAAUUCUAUCUAUAGAUUUAAAAUCAUAGAAGAAGAUAAUCAAAAGAAACCGAUUGCAGUAGUCCAUGAAUCUUCUUGA